AUGGGACACUCAAAUGAAACCCACAACACUAUUACUGCUCAAAACUGUGUUCAAGCUGGUGCUAUUGCUGGAUUUAAAGCUGCAUGUGUUACUUGUGUGGUUAGUGCAAUUCCUACGUUGGCUGCAGUUCGUACAAUUCCUUGGGCAAAGGCGAAUUUGAAUUACACCGGACAAGCUCUGAUCAUAUCAGGAGCAUCGAUAGCUGCAUACUUCAUUACUGCGGACAAAACAAUCCUGGAGGCGACAAGGAAAAAUGCAGACGCUCGUUAUGAUAGAAGAUCAUAACUACAAAUUUAUACUUUUAAUUUAUUUAAAAAAAUGAACAUAAUUACAAUAGUUUAUGCAUAGUGUUUUGUAGA